AAGAAGCGUGUACUGUGCACCCACGCCACUGCCCUCUGAAAAUGAAAAGUUGAUUCCAGCGAGACCGCCUAUCUGCCCCACCGUCGCAAUUUGGAUGUGCCUCAUGUCCCAUAUCAGUGGGCUUUGUAGGCAUGGAUGGUUACCGAAUCCUUAAAGAGAUCGGAGAGGGAUCCUUCGGUAGAGCCCUCUUAGUUCAACCUAAAGGCGGCGGUGAAUCAACAUGGGUAUUGAAAGAAAUACAACUUCCAAAGGCUCGAAGUGGAGUAGAGCAGUCCAGGAGAGAAGCCGUGCUGCUGUCCAAAAUGAAUCAUCCAAAUAUUGUGGCAUUUAAGGAUUCGUUUGAAGCGGAUGGCCAUCUGUACAUUGCUAUGGAGUUCUGUGGUGGGGGGGACCUGAUGCAGAGGAUUCGGCAGCAGAAGAAUGUGCAUUUCUCAGCGGACAGUAUCCUGAGGUGGUUUGCCCAGAUGUGUUCCGGAGCGCAGCACAUCCAUGACAAACGGGUGCUGCACCGGGACCUCAAGUCCAAGAACAUUUUCCUGACGGACAAUGGAACAGUUAAGCUGGGGGACUUUGGCUCGGCGUGUGUUCUGAGCAGUGCUAAGGGCUAUGCUCAGACAUAUGUUGGCACUCCCUACUACGUAUCUCCUGAGAUCUGGGACAAUAAACCAUACAACAACAAGAGUGACGUCUGGUCGCUGGGCUGUGUGUUGUAUGAGCUCUGCACCCUUCGCCAUCCGUUCCAGGCCAGGAGCUGGAAGAGUUUGAUCCUGAAGGUGUGCAGGGGAUCGUACGAGCCCUUGCCCCGCCACCUGCCCUAUGAGCUGCACUACCUGAUCAAGCACAUGUUCAAGACCAACCCCCGCGACCGGCCCUCCAUGCAGACCAUCCUCACCUCCCACCGCAUCGCACGCCUGCUGCUCAAACACCUGCCUCCACAGGUAGGCAAGCAACCACAGUCAGAGCGGGCACCUCAGGCCGAGCAGGUGCCACAUGCCGUGUCAGAGCGGGCACCACACGCAAAGCGGGCGCAUGGCUGGAGGAGAGAGGAGGGUGAGGCGGUGGCAGAACUGCUGGGCCAGAAAACACUCCUGACCUCCUCAACAGUGGAGGGCGCUUUCGCGGACGCCUCAGAGAGCCUGGAGGGAGAGGCGGGUCCUCGGCGCAGGUGGGCUGCAGUCCCCUCGGAGACCGUCCUGAGAGUCCUCGGGGACGCUGAUGUCAUCUCCACAGAGAGCAUGCCCAUUGGAGGCCUCCAGGAUAGCUCAGAGUCGGAGCAGAAGGGAGAGAGGCGGCGGUGGGCCAGAGAGCCCCCAGAGCGGCUCCUGAGUCUACUGGAGAAGGCCAACCUCUGCAACGCCUCUGACACCUACACCAUUCACAAGAAAGGUGAAGGGCCUGCCCUUGGUCCUCUGUCAGACGGUCAGGAUGAUGCUGUGGACGGGCCUGAGGAUGAGGACAUUAUCGACGACAGCAGGAUGGACCCCAGAUCUGAUGACGAGGACACGGACUUCGAAGAGGAGGCUCAUUUUGACCUGCUGGAUGGACUUGAAGAAAUGACCAAACAUUAGAAUUUUAUUGAACUUUUGUACACUUUUACAGAACUUUUGUACACUUAUUUUAAUAAUUACACUACCAUUGUUUCAUCUUCAAUGUUUAUGUGAUACACAAGGUGCUGUAAUGACUACUUAUUUCAGCAGGGUUAAUGAUUACAUGGUGCGCUAUGAUAUACAUGGCCACAGUACUACUAUUUGUUAGGAGGUGGAACAGGUUGUUUGCUCUGAAUAAAUGAGCAAAAAAGUGUGCGAUAAGCGUCUUUCUUUCUUUCUUGAGGUAUUGAACACUCCCAUGUUUAACAGCACCUAG